AUGGAUGAUGGAGCAGAGUCUCUGAUGACUGUGCAUCUCCUCACCCAUUUGGGACGCUCACUCCCUCUGCAGCAAACUCUGGAUCGGCUUCUGGAGUGGCUCUGCCUGGACAUUCGCCUUUUCCUGGUGUCAGAGCGAGUUCCUCCGCUGAGAUACUACGAGAGAUACCACAGGAGGAGCUGCAGCUUUCCUGGAAUAUCCAUCCUCCUUUUCCUGCACGAGGACUUGGGAGAAGAACGCAUCAUCCAGGUGCACGAGCAGUUCCAGCGCCCUCCCUGGCGGUACCAGCGUGCCCAGUUUGCCAAUUCCCGCUGUGCCCCAUCCCAGCAGGAAUUCUACGGGCUGGAGGAGCAGCUGCCCGUGUGGGGCAUCAGGCGGGUGCGCCACGGCCCCGAGAUCCUGCGCGUCACCCUCCACUGCAGCUUCGACAACUACGAGGAUGCGGUGAGGCUCUACGAGCUGAUCCUGCAGAAGGAGGGCACCGUGCAGAAGGGCACCCUGUGUGUGUUUGUGCUGCACUCCAGCCCGCACGUGGCCGUGCAGCUGUGCCUGAAGCAGCUGCCCAUCGGGGUGACGGCCGAGCCCCCCGACUCGGCGGCCCUGCAGUUCAGGGUGCAGGAGAUCGGGCAGCUGGUGCCCCUCCUGCCCAACCCCUGCGUGCCCAUCAGCAGCACCAGGUGGCAAACACAGGACUAUGAAGGAAAUACGAUUCUGCUCAAGGUUCAAAGCAGCUCCAGGACCCUCGAGACAAACAUCGGGCUUUCCCAGCAGCAUGACAGUACAGGCAGUGGAAGAAUCCCGCAGGACUGUGUGCCAGCCCCUCUCGCUGUCAAACAGGGUGAUCCUGGGCGGAGGAGCCAGGAGGUCAGAGCUGCGAAGGGUAAAACCAAAUGUGCCCCAAGUGAAGCCGCCCUCGGCUGUGAGCGGGCGGGCAGUGACCUCCAGAGGCCCCUGCGCUCCGCUCCCGGGGCGGCAGCACCGCAGCAGGGCCGGGCAGCGCUGUCGCUGCGCGGGCGGGCGGGCAGGGCCCUGCGGGCUGCUCCGGCCGACAGCCGCGGGCAGCGGGGAACCGAGACCGACGUGGACACCGGGCUGGCCGUGCGGAGCGGCCGCCGCCCGCUGAGCCUGUUCCCCGGGGCCCUGCGGAGCAGCCUCCGCCCGCUGACGGACCCCGGAGCCGGGGCUGCCCUGCCCGCACCGCGGGCCAGCCCGGCCCCGCCAGCAGCGGACGAGGAGCAGGAAUUCUAUAUAUGA